GUUAUUCUGUCACGUAUUCUUUGUUUCUGCAGCUCUUCCGUGAUUCUUCUCAGACAUGUAGACUCCGGACCCCGCCGCAGAAAUGGUCCACGUCUAUAACUGUCACCCGUUCGCGUCUCAGCACAUCGUGGCGGCGGAGCAGGAGCCCGGGCUGGUGUGCUGCGGCGGCGGGGCGCUGUUCGUGGUGAGCGCCGGCGGCUGUAAGAUCGAGGCGUAUGAGCUGCAGCGGGAGGGAUGUCCGCUCAUCUGCCGCUUCAGCAGCAUGGGCUCCGUGCUCCGCAUCCGCCACAGCGCUGUGGGGGACUACCUAGUGACCAUUGAGGAGAAGAACAAGGCCACUUACCUCAGGGCCUACACUAACUGGAGGUACCAGGCCGCUGAGAAGACUCGUGUUGGGGUGCGUCUGCUGGGUCACCUCCUGCGGGGCUCGUCCUUCCGCGGAGCUCCUAAAGAGCAGAUGGAGAUUAUUGAGAUCCCUCUGUUUGAGCCGCCGCUGUGUAUGGCGUGCUGCAGUCUUACCGGUGAUCUUCUAGUGGGCUGUGCCAAGAGUUUGGUGGUCUUCAGUCUGAAGCGUCAGACGCUGAGCGAGCAGCUCUCUGUGCUGGACUUCGAGAGGGUGCUGAUUCUUCAUAUCCAGGGCUGGAGCCCGUCUCAGGUGGCCUUCUGUGCUGGAUACAUAGCCCUUCAGACGGAGCUGGAGGUGCUGGUGGUAAAGCUCACCCCGCGGCAGAAGAGCAGCCCGGUUGCAGAGGAGCACGCACUGCUACCUGAAGAUAUCAUGACGGAAUCCAGCAUUGAUGAAGACGCAGAGAUGACAAAAGAUGGAUUCAGUCCCCUCCAUGCGCAAGAGGACUUCUUUCUGUUCCCAAAGCAUCAGGAGAUGUUGGGAAAUGAAGCGCAGGAGUGUGGCGUCUCUUUAGUUCUGGAGUGGACCGGUAUGGAGGCAGAGAGCCGAGGGGACAUGAGCGUGGUUUACGUCUUAUUCAGGCGGUUUGCGCCUGAUUUCUUUCAAGGCUGCAGCGUUGAGGAGACACGCUUGCAUUCCCUGCAGCUCCACCCCAUGUUUACUGGUAAACGGAAAGAAGCCUCCAUCUCCAAAGGAGGGGAACCUACGUGUAUGUUUGUUUUCUUCUCCUUGCCGAACACCGGCUACAUGUACAGCUUGAAGAACACAGUGGAGCUCGUGUCCACCUACCAGUACCCAGAAAAGACCCAUCAGGCUGUGCUCAGUGACCAGUUCCUCUACAUCAUCACCAGGAAUGCUCUCCAGUGUUUCACUGUCAGAUGCAGUGCUGUAGCGGCUCGGGUUGAUGACCCAUACAUCGACACCACCAUGAAGGCCUGUCCUCCCAUCACGAUGGAGGUGUGUGCUCUGAGGAUCCAGCUCUUCAUUGGGCUGAAGGUUCUCUGUCAGGACGGAAAUCAGAUCGUUCUCCUGACAGCAGCAGAUGUGGACAGCAAAGAGGACACGGAGAGAACAGCCCGCAGAAACACUGAAUCGAGGGAACACAGAACCCUGACAGGCAUUUUAGUAGCUGUAGGUCUAGAGCCGUCCUCGACGCCAGCACUGGAAAGCCUUCUGUCCAGGUCCUUCCUAUCCAGGAAGACCUCUGUCUGCAAACCCACAGAGCCGGCUGACAGCGGUCACGGCUGGAACCUCUACGUCAUCACUUCUGUGUCCACACUGCAGCUCUACAGAGAAAUAGUGGAGUACAGUAAGCGAUACGAGCAGUCGAGCCCGUCGUCUCAGAGCUGCGUUCACCUGCUGAGCGAGGGUCACCUGCUGCUGCGGACGGCACUGCUCCUGCAGGACUGUGAGUCUGCCGAGAGAGCGCAGCUGCAGCAGGCCUUUCAGGAGAGCUGCACUCACUUAGGAGACCGCUUCAGCAGGUUUGAUAAGGACUGUCACUUGGCUCUCCCAUACUAUAAGAUGUCAGGCCUCACCGUGACUGAUGUUAUUAAGAGGAAUAUGUCCAUGAGCAGCGUCUCAACUGGUUAUGGCAAAGGAUUUAUCUUCUUCCUGAAGCAUUCGCUCUAUGAGGAAACCAUGGAGGAGCUUAGCAAGGACAUGGCUGAUAAAGUCCUGGAGAUCUUCAGUGUGGCUGAACCCGCUCAGCUUCCUCAUGUGGUGAGCAGUCCGUCCAUGCUGAACGCUGAUCCUGACUGCGCCGUGACCCAUCUGAGACAGCUGGAGGCCUGCGGCGCCCCAUCCAUCACCCCGUCCCUGUGUAUGGCCUCCCUGGCCCUGCGCAAGGGUGACCUGCACAGCUACAGGCAGCAGAUGGACCGCCACGCUGAGAUGCUGCAAGUAUAUGGCUUCAUAGAAGAGCCCAAGCUGCUGCUGCACGGCAGAGGGAAGGCCGUGCUGCCCACCAUACUGUCCCAGCACCUGCACGACACACAGGAGGGGCUGCUGGUGGCGGCGGUCGUGGCGCUGCACGAGAACAGCAAGAUCAGACUGGAGGAGGCCGAUCUCUUCUUCCAGGAGCUGUGUAAGGAUGGCGUGGAGGCUGAGAGCAGUCCUCAGUUACUGGUGGAUUUCUGGGAGGCUCUGUUAGUAGCGUCCUCUCAUGAAUCCAUCAUCCAGGAGCUGCUGUUUCGUCUCACGUCCGUCUAUAUCGACCGUAUCACGCGCAGAGAUCACUCCGGCGUCAAAGCCCUCAAAACGGCUGAGGAUCUGAUAAACUCCUGCUCUCAUUACGGGAUGCUGUACCCGUGGGUGAGCAUCCUGACGCCUGUCCAGUUCAGCAUCACCCAUGACCACCAGGAGGACCUGCACAAACUUCAGUCUCUGCUGUGCGGCCCAACGCUGGAGGUCUCGUUUAUCCUGCCUCUGCUGGAGCAGCUGUCUGACUCUGACCGCACCGGUCUCAGUGUGCAUGUGCUCUGUGCCACCAAACUGGGCCAGCACGAGACAUCCAUCGACAGACUGCUAGACCGGUGUCCACAAGCCAUCAUCUCCUACGCCAACCACGAGCUACAGAACGACAAACUGUCUCUGUGGUGGCAGAAGCUUUUCCCCGAGGUCUGUGACAGGAUAAGGACAGCAGGAAAUGACAACACCGUCCUCCUCUCAGCACUCAAAGAAACUCUGGUUGUGGCGGCCAAGGAGUUGAACCCGCUGGAGUUCCUGGACUUGCUGCCGGAUGAUGGAACGGCUCAUUUCUUCCUGCCACAUCUACUCGAAUGCAGCCAGUGAAAUCUCGUGACUGUUAGCAUGUAUUUUAGACAAUCAGAGAAUCAACACUAAACCUGUUUAAAGACUAGAUCUGGAUCAACAGUCUUCCUGCUGCUUUGAAUGCUGAUAGUCAAAAAAAAGAGUUUGUUCAUCUCAUUAGGCAUGUGCGACCGCUGUGAACAUGAUCUGAUAGGAAGUAUGUUACAAUCAUUCAUAUAGUCUGGAUAUUAUUAUUAUACGUUUACUU